AUGGCGGAGCAAAUCGACGACGGCGCGUCCGGCAGCGACGGAAGCGGGGACGACCAGGAGGAGCGGAUCUCGAUCCGCGCGCCUGUCAGCGUAGACUAUGAUUACGAGGACGAGGAUGAAUUCGCGGAGGAGCCGGAGUCGCGCGGAAGCGGUAGCCGCGGCCCGCUGAAUCCUCCCCGCGGGCGCAGUGGCAGGGGGGAACGGGCCGCUGCGCGCAGAUCUCCUCUUGGCAGCGGCGGCGGCCGCGACGACGAUGAGGAAGAGGAGCGGAUGUCGAUCCGCGCGCCGCUGAGUGUAGACGACUGGAAUGGAGACGAGGACGAGGAGGGCGAAGAGGAGCGGGUGUCUAUUCGGGCACCGAUAAGCAUGGACGAUGACGGUGACGAUGGCGAUGACGAUGACGAUGACAGAAGCACCGCGAACACGGAAACUACCGGUGCCGGCUCAAAGAAGCCGCCGUCGAUUCACGCACCGCUGAGCGUCGAGGGCGACGACGAAGAGGAUGACGACACGUGGUUGAAACGGCUCAGAGCGCGGACCAAGGGCUCGGGAACGCGGAGCACAACUGGCGGCGGAAGCUCCGCCGGUCGCAGGCGCACGCGGCGGUCGUCAGGGGAAUUCGACAGGCGGAGCCGUCUUAGCGCGGAGGUAUAUGGGGGAAAGAAGGUGGGUCGCAGCAAACGGAAGAAUUCGAUCGGGGGAGAUUUCCCGGGUUUCGGGUUUGGUCCGGGCGGGGUGCUGGGCGUGGGGGAUCUGACCGUUCCGCGCGCGCGGAUCACUUCUGACGCGGAGGACUUCUCCGCUCCCCCCGCCGUGUCGGGAGACGCGGAAGACGGGGAAUCAGAAGAGGAGUCGGGAAUCUCGUCCGCAGAUCCACGCUCUCCGCUUCUAGGGAGUAGGCGAGGGAAACUGGAGGUAAACGCCCGCGCGUAUGCGGAAGCCUCGGUCUCCGCGGAGACCAGCGGAGCGGAUGGGCGGGCACAAGCGGGGGAGGGGCAGCCAGUGGCGGAGGCGGAGGUGUGGCAGCUGGUGGCGGACGUGAUGACGCGGAAAGAGCAGGAGAAGGUGCGCGGAAGAGAGGCGCGCGGAGAUAAGGGGAGCGGUGAUGGAGGCGGAGCGGAAAGUGAUAAGCUCGCGGCAGCCUUAUCGGAUGGCGCAGGAAAAUCAGGAGAAACUCCCGCGAAGGAGCCCGUGGAAGGGAGUGUGGUAGGGGCGGAGAUUCUGAAAGAGUGCAUUGUCGAUGACGCUUCCGUGCAGACGGCUGGGGAAGCGAUCGCGUCUAGGGUAGCAACAGCAGGCUCAGCACCAACAGCGGCAGCAGCAGGAGGAGGAGGAGCAGGAGGAGGAGUUUCUUCAGGUGGGGCUGUGCCAAUGACUCUGUGGACGAACGAGAACGGGAGUGAGGCGAAUAGCAGGUCUUUGGUAACCAACAGCACAGGGGCGACUGAGGGCGGGAGCGAGUGCAGCACCGCGGAGGAGAUCGCGCAUUUGCACGCUGACCUGGGGUGGACGGGGGACGAGGCCGCGACGCGCGGCGAGCGCGAGCAGGAAACGCGAGAGGGACGGGAGGCUGUGAGGGGUGGAGGGGAGGUGGCGGAUGCGGUUGAAGGGGAUGAGGAAUCGGGGGACGGCGAGUUGGCACCGCCGCCUCCGGUGAAGCUCACGCCACGACUCGCCACUGCUGCUGCUGCAGCAGGUGCGCGUGACGCAUCACCAGUCGGUGGCAGUACUCCCAACAGUGCUCGCGCGGAGGCGUGGAGAGGCGCGUGGAGCAGGCCCCUUGCUCUUGCUGUGGCUCCCGUCAGGGGUGCUGCGAACGAUGCUAGUGCCGCCAAGGCUGCUGGUGCUGCUGGUGGUGGUGUGCGUGGUAGUGGUGCUUCGGGUCGCAGCGUUGUGGCGCGGGGAAGGAGGGAGGGCGUGCUGUGGCUGAGCCGGCACAGGAGGAUACGCAGUGGGGAGGGAGUGGGUGGAGCGGGAGGAGGUGGUGGUAACAGGGACGGUGGCGAGGGCGGCGGAAAAGGGAGGAGCGUGACAGCAGCCGGGGUUGGUGUGACGCGCAGUGAUGAGAGUGGAGCGGUGUGCUUGGGGGGGAGUAGUGGGGGGGAGGAGGAGGACGAGGUGGAGAGCAGCAAGGGCUGGAGAGAGACAGGUGGGCGGGGGAAAGAGAAGGCGGAGAGAGGAGGGAGAGGCGGAGAGUCAGUGCAAAAGGGCUCACUCGCAGCUGAAAGGCCAGAUUCAGCAGCAGCCGCGGUGACAGUGCGAGCAGAUGCUGAGGCAGUAGCAGCAGCGGGAGCAGCAGUGGCAGCAGCCAGGGUGCAAGCGGAGGCGCUGCAGAGGCUGCGCGUGCUGCUGCUGCGCGUGGCCAUGCGCCUGCAGCAGCCGCGCACCCACCCCCUAGUGGCGCAGACCCUCUACAGGCUGGAGCUGGCGGAGAGAAUGAGCGCCCGGGGGCGCGCAGGCGCAGAGGCAGGCGCGGGGGGGAGGGGAACAGCAGGGGGAGCGGCGGGGGCAGGGGGAGGGGCAGGAGGGGAUGGAAUGGUGGGUCGGAGGGUGAGAGAGAUGGUUAUGGGGGACGCACAGGUGAGGGCGGGAGAGCUAGAGGAGGAGAGCUUGGGGUGUGGGCAGCUGGGGUUGCAUGUGUCUGUGCUGGUGCUGGGGCGCAGGGCUGUGGGGAAAUCCGCCACUGUGCGCUCACUGCUGGACUUGCGCGCACCUGCUGCUUCUCACCCUGGGCAUGACCGUGACCAUGUGACUGGGAGUGCGAUUACGGGUGCGAGUGGCAUUGACCGUGCACACGCAGGGGUUGUUGCGGGUGGUGUGGGUGUGGGGAAGAGAGAUGAGGGAGGUGAGGGAGGAAAGGGAGGGGAAUCGAGAGCGCAUGGGAAGGCGGAGGAGGCAAGAGAGCAAGGAGGGGAUGGAGCAAGAGGGGUGGCGCAGAGGGGUGGUGGUGAGACGUCAGAGGGGCAACACCAGAGCUUGUUGCAGCGUGCACUGGGUAGUCUGGGUUUGCAGAUGGGUUGGGAUGGGCAGGGAGGGAUUCAGGAGGUGGUGGGCGAGGUGUGUGGGGUGGGGGUGCGUGUGCUAGAACUCCCUGGGCUGGGCACUGCAGGGGCGGACAUGGCGGGUAAUGAGCGCGUGCUGCUGCAGCUUAGACGGUUUCUGGCGGAGGAAAGCGUGGUGCUCGUGCUCACCCACGCCGCUGCCGCCACGCCCACUGCCGCAGAGGCGCGACAGAUGGUGCUGGCGAAGCGGAGAGAACAGAGGCAGCGGCAGGGGAGAGCGCCGGGCGAGGGGGGUGGAAGAAGGGAAGGGAAGCGGCAGGGCGAGGGGGAAGGGGAGGGGGAAGGGGAGGUGGAGCAGCAGCAGGUGUGGAGGGCGCAGCAGGCUGCGCUGGGAGAGGUGGUGGCACGGCGGGCGCAGUACUUGCAGCAGUGCAUCCGUGUGGCUGCUGGCGACCAGCGGCUGUGCAACCCUGUGGUGGUCGCUGAGAAUGGCGUGCCCUGCUGGGGGGUGGGCCAGGGGAGUGGCAGUGCCGCCCCUGCUCCUACUGCUGCUGGUGGUGGUUCAACCAAGCGCGCCUGGGGGGGGAGUGCUGGGGACGAGGAUGACGCGGGGCAGCUGGGCUGCGCAGGCAGGGGGAAAGGCAAGGGCAAAGAGGGGGCUACGCAGGGCGGGGUGAGGGGAGGCAGAGGAGGCGGAGGGGCAGGAGGGGGAGGAAGGGGAGGAGGAGGUAGGGGAGGAGGAGAAGCAUCGGGGUUCUGGGCAGGAGGGUCGUUCCACCACUUGUCGUCGCAUGAGCAGCAGCUGCUGUCCGCCGCUCAGAUGAGGCGCUACCGGGCUGAGCUCGCUGCGUGGGAGGGACGUGCAGAGCGGCUCUUGUGCAAGGAGCAGAGACGGGUGAGGCGGCAGCAAGCACGUCUAAGGCAGGUGAAUAGAGCAGGAGGCGGAGGGGCAGCAGCAGUACCAGGCCCUGCGGCAGGGACAGGGGUGGCCGGAGCAGAGAGACCACGAGGGGGAAACGAGCAGCAGCAGCAGGGUCAGGGACAGGGGCAGGAACAAGAGAAGAUUAUCUUUGUUCCCUUGCAGUAUCCAUAUGCCCUCCUGCUCGACCUUCCCUUCCCCCUUUCCCCUCUUUCCCUUUUGCCCCUUUUCCCCAUUUCCCUCCUUUCCUCUUCCCCCUUUCUCUCCCUUCCCGUUUUCCCCCUUUCCCUCCACCUUUUCCCCCUUCUCCCUUUUUCCUGUUCCCCUUUUUCCCCCUCCCCUCCUACCCCCUCCUCCUUCCCUUUUCCCUCCCUCUCUCCGCCCGCUCCCUCGUGCUCCGCCCCCCCCACUCUACCACAGGUGAGUGCGGUGUUCCCGCUCUCCCUGCCGCCCCCCUGGCCGGUGUGGGAGCAUGCGCCGCCCUUCAACGCCCUGUUGCUCGACCGCUGCCUUGCCGCCUCCUCUCACCUUCCCGCCGCCGUCACUGCUCAGCUAGUCUCGUCCAAGGCUCUCUUACUGCUAGACGCGGACCUCUCUGCCUCGCUCCGCCACGCACCCCGCUCCCUCGCCAACCCCGUCACCACCGCUGGACUGGAAAUCUGCCUUCGCCGCACACCCGCCUGGGCCCUCAUGAUGGCCGCGGGAGGGGCAGGGGAAGGGGGAGGGGGAGGGGGAGGGGGGAGAGGGGAAGUGUGGGGAGCUAGUGGGAUGGGGUCUAGGAUAGUCAGCAGAGGCGGCAACAGCAGACUGCAGGGUUUUGGGGCUAUUUCGGGCUUUGAUGAUUUUGCGCAGGCCAAGGGUGCUGCUGCUGCUGCUGACAGGGCUGGUGCUGGUGUGCGGGCUGCACGGACAACAGCAGCAGCUGAACCUGGAUCGGAUGGGGCAGGUGCAGCAAGAGGGCGAGGAGCAGGGGAGUCCGGGACAAGGGGUUCGGGUGGCGCUGCUUCCUCAUUGCACGCCACUUCUGGUGCACGAGGAGCAGGUGGGGCAGCAGCAUCAUUGGAAUUGGCAUCAGCAGCAGCAGCUGCCACGUGUACGGUGCGGUCGGAUGUGAGGGUGUCACUGUUCCGAGGCAACAGGACGGCGGCUGGUGUGGCUGUGGCCAUGGGGAGCGACUAUGGAGAUGGGGUUGCAGUGGGCGCAAAGCUGUCGUCACGAGUGGCUCUGGGGCGGUGUGUUCGAGUGAGUGGGUCGGCAGCAGCAGUGCGGUGGGGGCAGGAGGAGGCAGUGGGCGCCACGUGCAGGCUGCAGGUGCACGCUCCUGCCACUUCUUCCUCCUCCUCCUCCUCCUCCUCCUCCUCUGCUUCUUCACCCUCCAUGUCUUCACGAGCCAUGGCAGCAGCAGGCCUCUCGCUGCUGCACUGGCAGGGCGCCACCAUAUUCGGCGCAGUGCUGGAGGUACAGCUGCCACUCGUUGCCCCGCCUGCUUCUGCACUUUUUCAGAAGGGAGAUCGGACUGUAUCUGGAAGGAGCAGUAAGGGCAAACGCAGUGCUGGAGCGAGCGGGAAGAACAGCAUUGGCCAUGGGUCUAAGGCCAGGGGUGACAGCAGCAACAGGAGUGGUGGCAGGGGCAGUGGUAACAUGAACAGUGGCAGCAGAAGCAGCAGCAGCAGCAGCAGCAGCAGCAGCAGUAACACUGGCAGUGGCGGCAGCGUCCCUUCGCUUCGAGUGCGUGCCAGUAUGGACAGUCGGGCUGUAGGCGGCAUUUCCGUGCGAAUGUCUGCUGGGGGGAACUAUCACUUGCACCUUCUCACGGCCCUCGCUGCUCUGCCCCCACUUGUGCGGUUCUGGUUGUGCCGGCCUUGCGAUGAACGGGGUGAACUGGAGGAAGGAUCGGAGGAGGUUACAGAAGAGGAGGAAGAGUUGGGAGAGGAUGCUUCCUUCCCUCGCGGGACGUCACGGCAACCCAACCCACCACAAAUCUCUUCUCUGGGCACGACACCGCCCAACCACUCACCCAACGGCCAGCUGCGGUUCGUCGCUGCCGCCGUGGACUGUGUCGUGACCCGUCCCUUCAGGCGAAAAUUCAUCUCCCCUUCACCUAAGCUCCCAUGCGAGUCAGUCCCUCAGCUUCUCCAAAUAGCGCCUUCAAUCCGUCACACGGAGCCGCACGUUAGGGAGCAAGUAGAAAUGGUUCUCACAGCGAACGACGAUGUCUGGCUGGAAGGAGAGGUGAUGCAGUGGGAGCAGCAAGAGCGGUCGGGGAUGCAGAAGCUUCGUGAAAGACGCCUCGCGAAAAUAGCCGCGAAAGCAGCGGCUGCUGGCGUCAUUCGGACUUCAGCCAUCCGUCCGCCCUGGGCAGGCGGCACACUCGGACGCAAAAUCCCCUCCGCUGCCCCCUGGUCACCCUUCAGCCGAAACGUUUCCGCCGCGGCUGCCCGAGCUGCCCGGCCGUCGCAGCCAGCGCCAGAACCAGCGAUCGACGAUGAGCCGGAUUUCCAGGACGAGUGGGCCGACGUGCGCGCUUCGUUCGACCACACCCUGGCGGAUUACCGAAAGACGUUGAAAACCCGAUCGCCCAAGAUCGGUGAGACGCCCAACCCGCUGAAGCACUUCCUCCCGCGCUUGGCUGCUGACGUGGACGCGGCGGCGACGGAUGCGCAGAACCUGGCGGUGGCGCCGGUGGCGGUCGCGGGAGGCGCGACGGGGCUGUGGGAUAGGCCGAGCCACCCGGGAGCGGCGGGGUGCGAGGACUGCCGCGAGGCUGAGCAACGGGCGACCGUGGCUUACCUGCUCAACCAGCGGGGGUACGACGCUUGCCGGCGAGUGACGGAGUGGGCGUAUUCCCGCGGCAUCCCCUCAGGCGAGUAUGAAUUUGUGGAGGUCGCCUUUCCUACCGCCAUUGGCGCCUCGUCCUCUCCCCAACCAACCAAGCCACAUCACCUCUCACAGCAGCAAUACCAGCAGCAGCAAACACCAAGCUCUGGAAAAGCAUACCCACAGGACAAACCACCUGUACAGCAGGACCGAAAGCAGCAGGUAGUAAUAGUGGACAUAACCUUCCGCGCGCAGUUCACACUCUUCCGCCCAACCCCCGAGUACCAGGCGCUCUGGUCCGCCAUCCCCAGGGUUUUCGUCGGCACGCCUGCCACUCUGCGCAAGCUGCUUGCGCUGCUCAUCGAGGCUAUGCGCGUGUGCAUGGCGUCGCAGAGCCUCCAUCUCCCGCCUUGGCGCCGAUCGCAGUACAUGAACUCCAAGUGGCUUGCGCCUUCUCGCCGCCGAGGGGCCGCCGCUCCCCCCGCCGCCGCUUCCCCCUCCCCCUCCCCUUCGCAUACUCCUCCGGCCCUCUGCCCUAUGCACCAGCGCGAGGCGGAGGCGGGUGACGCGUGGUGCGGCGCAUGCAGCGGCAGCAAGUCAGGCGCGGAAGCCGUGACGGGCGGUGGGGAGAGCGGAAGCGGUCGGCCGCGAAGACUGCGCGCUGCUGGCGCGACGGGGGGGGAUGGCGGGUCCAGCAGUUGCGGCAGCGUGAGCAGCUACGGCGCGAGCAGCGUGAGCAGCAGCGACGUGAGCACGUUCGGAUGCAGCUGCCGCAGCUGCAGCAGCGAGCAGGCGUCCAUGAUGCUUAAAGCCAACGCCGUCGCGAGACUCGCGGCCAAUCUGCUCCCAACAAGCAAGGCCGUCCUCACCCCUGCCACUCUCCCAGAAACUUUGGCCUCAGCACCCCCCGCUACUGCUAAGCCAACAGCAUCAGACUGCAGCAGUAAAGAGGCGAGCCUCUCAAAGACAGCAGGAGAAGCUACUACUACAGUAGGAAAAAGCGGAAUCGCUGUAGGAAAUCCCGCCGUCGCCGUUCCACCAACAUCUCCAAGAUUCAUCCCGGUAGAUGCUGCGUUAUUGUCAGACCUGGCUACAGCCAUAACUCGGCGACUGCCGAGCAGCACGGGCAUUCGCAAGCAGCAGCAGCAGCAGGACCAGCAGCAGUCCGCGUCAGUAGCUGCGGCGCGGCAGCAGCAAGGAUUCGACAUCGGACGGGGCGCAGGCAAGCGCAGCUCCUCGAACAGCAGCAGUGCAGUAGUAGGCGUAGCGCCGGACAAUGCUCUCCAUAACAUUACGCCUAGUAGUAAUCACGAUGAGAGUGACGAAGCGCCGUUCUGGGAGCUGCUGUUGCCUGCUGGCUCCACCAUCACCGCCGCCGCCGGCCACGCGGAGGUGAACGCGGCGUCGUUCAUGCGCCAGCCGCGCAACGUCGGCGCGCGCCACAAUUCCCCCUCCGCCGUUAGCGCGGCAAACUAUCGUUCUCCUAAUAGUAGUGGAAGCGCGUUUCAGGGAGGUGCUACCACUAGCGACGCAUGUGGCACGAUGAGUGCGGUAACCACUGCUCCAAUUUCCAUCGCUAAUCGCAGCAGCCGUGUUCGCAAAGCUGGUCUGCUCAGCCUUCAGCUUCGAGCCUCGUCCGUUCCUGACAUACGAAACGGGUCCAUGCUCCAGGUGGGAGCCCGGGUAGCUAGUCGACCAAGCUAG